AGCGCGUGGUCUGUCCUGUUGCGCUACCAAGUGGGUUAGUUUACUUCUGAUUCGUAAGACAUGGAAUGUGACAAGUGUCAAGUGGAACAUUAUAAAAAUGCGACGCCACAGUUCCCUUGCCAUGUUAUAUCUGCCAUUUCACUGUUAUUCUCUAAUAUAUUUAGUGGUACGUCGUACUACUAAUCAAUAUGCCCAUUUUAUGAGCUUUCUCUAAUUUGGUGUUCGUACUGAAAUUCUCCACGGAACUCGUUAUUGGUAGACUUACAAACUUACAGAUACACUUGCAACGUUGCAAAACCGUACAGGUUUAUUAACAAUAGUAUACAAAACCCGAACUAAGGAAACCUAAUCUGUAACUGUGUUUGGAGGUUUAGUUUACUGACCAGAGCUGACUGACAUUAUUUAAUUUGUAUGUACAAAUUGGGAAUUAGUAUUAUAACCUGACAAUUAUCGUGAUCAUUUUCGUUCUAGUUAUUGACACAAAAAGGUUCCAGUCGUCGUUUGGUCUUCAAUAUUAAUAUGCUACGAUCAUCUUUUCUUUGUAAUUCAAAAAAGUGGAAUCUACUGCACAGACUUGUUCAUUCAGAAGCUAUCACUUAUACUGAGCAUGGCGAUCCAGAACAGGUUUUACGUUUCUCAUCCACUCCAGUACAUCCGUUUGCAAAUGACGAGGUUUUGGUAAAAGUUUAUGCAGCUCCUAUUAAUCCAUCGGACAUCAACACGAUACAAGGCACUUAUCCAAUCAAACCAAAACUACCUGCUGUUGCUGGGAAUGAAGAUUAUUGCCUGUGGGAAGAAUGUGGAUGGUUUCUCUGUAGGCGAUACAGUUAUUCCUUUGGAAUUAGCGUCAGGGACAUGGCAAACAUACUGGUGUGGUAAAGCUGAUAGUUUCUUGAAGAUAAAACAUCCCAUCCCGAUAACUUAUGCUGCAACAUUAGCAAUUAAUCCUAGCACUGCACUUCAUUUACUUAAUAAUUUUGUAGAACUUCAAAAGGGCGAUAUUUUGAUUCAAAAUGGUGCGACUAGUGCUGUUGGAAUAUAUGUGAUCCAAAUCGCGAAAAUAUUAGGAUUUAAUACAGUGAACCUGUUUCGUGAAAGAGAUACACCUGAAGCCACAGAAGAAACACGCAAUCUUCUUAAAAGUUAUGGAGGUACAUGGUGUCUCACAGAGUCUGAAUACAUGGAACGAGCAAAAGAACUAGGCCCUUUUAAACUUGCAUUAAACUGCUUAGGGGGGAAACCUGCAUCGAUCUUGGUAAAAAACCUAAGUCAUUCCGGGACUAUGGUUACAUACGGUGGAAUGACACGAAAUCCAAUGCCCUUACCCGUUGGUCCAUUCAUUUUUAAAGAUAUCAGUUUACGCGGUUUUUGGCUGUCUAAUUUUAAUCUACGUCAGUCUACUUCAAAAAGACAACUUACUGUCGAUCAAUUAUCAAAAUGGUUUUCUGAAGAUCUCAUUAGACCCUCACCAUUUGAAGAAAUUCCUUUCAAAGAUUGGCGUAAGGCGUUGCAUAUGUCAUUAUUCAGUGAUUCAACACCAACAAGUAUUAGGAAAAAGUCUGUUUUGAUUAUGGAAUGAUGUAAUAAUUUCUAUUGUAAAUUACUGUGUAAAUUGUAAUAUUACUGAGUUAGUCGCUGUUUUGCUUUUUUAUCUCCAGAACUUAAAAUUCCUACUGUUUAGAUCUUACUUAUACACCGACUUGUAAUUACCAUUCUACAAAUUUUAUUCAUUCGUUGGUUGUAUUUUGACUUCAAUUCAAGAAAAUAAUUUUCAAAACCAUCUUUUUUGUACCUUUACAUCUGUAUAGUAUACUAAGUAGCGUAUAAAUUAUAUAUUAGAUUUAGGAUUUUGGUUCGUUAAUUUAGAGUCGUUUAUCAAUCAAAAUAAUAUUUGUUGCUUUCAAAGUGUUUAUAUUCAUCGCUGCUUCAAAUUAAACAACAUAGGUUAGCUCUAGGUUUUGACCGAAGUUUAUUGGUCAAUAUAUAUAUAUAUAUAUAUAUAUAUAUAUAUAUAUAUAUAUAUAUAUAUAUAUAUCAGGUAACCUAUUGCAUGUCAACUUUGUAUAUUAUUUAAGCGGCGAAUAGUAAUGUCAUGACUUUUUUUAUUGUAAACUAAUAAGUAUUCGGAAAAAGAAAGAACGGCCAUAUUUUCAGAAUACUAUGAAUCCACUGUAUUUUGUUGCUUUUUUCUUCGGCUAUAUGCGAACUAACUCACCUGAUUGUGAGUUGAACUCACACGUCUGUUCUUUUGCCAGAGUUCGUAUAAAUCUUUUUUACCUUAAAUAUCGUCGGACUAUCACCCGAAGGAUUUACAAAAACCCUGUUAACACGUUUAUUUUUAAUAUCUUUCACAUUUCAAGCAACUUAUUUUUUAUCAAUUGGCAGUCCUUUUUUCAACAUUUUGUUAAUAGUCGAAAACAAUUAGGCUUAUUAACUUGUACGUAGCUUAAGAGAAGGCAACGAAAUACAAUAAAUCCCUCGUCUUCUCC